AUGGCUGACUACUCCAUUCGGAAAUACAACAACAAGGAUUACCAUGCCGUUCGUAAAUUGUUUGCCCAAGGAAUGUUAGAUUACAUCCCCAGCACUGCCUCAUACGUGUUGAAGCUCCCACAAGUCUACUGCACCAUCUUGGCUUCAUCCAUCACAUUGCAGCUGUAUUAUGGGUCCUACGCCCUCUCUCUGUUCAGCGUUGGGACAUUCUUGGCUGCAAUCCGUGGCCUUUUAUCAUUAGCAAUUAACAUGUUUAUAAAGAAGUGUCACAAUGGAGAUUUGCUAAACAUCGAAGAGUCUUAUAUUCAGAGACCCAACUCCUGUUUCUGGGUAGUCGAGUCCUGUGGUCGGAUCGUAGGGAUGGUGGGCGUCCAGCCUGCACCAAACUCCAACAGCGACAUGAUACUACGACGCCUGUCUGUGUCUAAAGACCAUCAACGCCAAGGGAUCGCCAGGGCUCUGUGCAUGGCAGUUCUUGACUUUGCUCGCCAGCGAGGAUACCAGUGUGUCACUUUAGAUUCAUCGACCAUGCAAGUAGCGGCUCAUAAACUGUACCAACGGUUGGGUUUCAGGACAACAAAAGUAAUACCAAGCAGGAGUCGACUAGGAAGGUUUGCAAAUAUGUCUGUGGUGUACUACAGCUAUGAGGUCUAG